AUGAGUCGAGUGUGCAUUGUAGUUUUGGAGGAGGUAGAAGAUGAGUCUCCUGCAUUCGUUUCUAAGUUGCCACGGGAAAGUAAAUCCCUGCCUUCUCCACCUCUGGGAAAUGUAUUGCCAUCACUGGUGCAAGCUAUAUUUAAUGGAGAUCCUGAUGAAGUCCGAGCACUAAUAUUUAAGAAAGAAGAUGUUAACUUUCAGGACAAUGAAAAGAGAACUCCACUGCAUGCUGCUGCCUAUCUUGGAGAUGCAGAAAUCAUUGAAUUGCUUAUUUUAUCUGGAGCUAGAGUUAAUGCCAAAGACAGCAAAUGGUUGACACCUUUACACAGAGCAGUUGCAUCUUGUAGUGAGGAAGCAGUUCAGGUACUUUUGAAGCAUUCUGCAGAUGUGAACGCUCGAGACAAAAACUGGCAAACCCCUUUACACAUAGCAGCUGCUAAUAAAGCUGUCAAGUGCGCGGAAGCUUUGGUGCCCCUGCUGAGUAAUGUAAACGUGUCCGAUCGAGCAGGGAGGACUGCACUGCAUCAUGCAGCUUUCAGCGGACACGGAGAGAUGGUCAAACUGCUCCUGUCUAGAGGUGCCAAUAUUAAUGCUUUUGACAAGAAAGAUAGACGUGCUAUCCAUUGGGCAGCAUAUAUGGGUCACAUUGAAGUGGUGAAGUUACUUGUGGCACAUGGCGCUGAGGUGACGUGCAAGGAUAAGAAGUCGUACACGCCCCUCCACGCCGCAGCCUCCAGCGGGAUGAUCAGCGUCGUCAAGUACCUUCUAGACCUGGGGGUUGAUAUGAACGAACCAAAUGCCUAUGGAAACACGCCUCUUCAUGUCGCCUGCUACAAUGGGCAGGACGUUGUCGUGAAUGAACUUAUAGACUGUGGUGCUAACGUCAAUCAGAAGAACGAGAAAGGGUUUACUCCUUUGCACUUUGCUGCUGCAUCAACUCAUGGAGCACUGUGUUUAGAGCUUCUAGUAGGCAAUGGGGCUGAUGUCAAUAUGAAGAGCAAAGAUGGGAAAACCCCACUGCACAUGACUGCCCUCCACGGUAGAUUCUCCAGAUCCCAAACCAUUAUCCAGAGUGGCGCUGUGAUCGACUGUGAGGAUAAGAACGGAAACACCCCUUUGCACAUAGCAGCGAGGUACGGCCAUGAGCUGCUCAUCAACACGCUUAUUACAAGUGGUGCUGACACUGCAAAGCGUGGCAUACAUGGAAUGUUCCCCCUCCAUUUGGCAGCCUUAAGUGGUUUCUCAGAUUGCUGUAGGAAACUUCUUUCUUCUGGAUUUGAUAUAGAUACUCCAGAUGAUUUUGGCAGGACCUGUCUCCAUGCAGCUGCAGCUGGAGGGAAUUUGGAGUGCCUCAACCUUCUGCUGAAUACUGGUGCAGACUUCAACAAAAAGGACAAAUUUGGGAGGUCUCCGCUGCACUAUGCUGCUGCCAACUGCAAUUACCAGUGCCUGUUUGCUCUUGUGGGGUCGGGAGCAAGCGUGAAUGACCUUGAUGAAAGAGGAUGCACGCCCCUGCACUACGCAGCCACGUCAGACACAGACGGCAAGUGCCUGGAAUACUUACUAAGAAACGACGCAAAUCCAGGGAUCCGGGACAAGCAGGGGUACAACGCGGUCCACUACUCAGCCGCUUACGGCCACCGCCUGUGUCUUCAGCUGAUUGCAAGUGAAACUCCUCUAGACGUAUUAAUGGAAACCUCUGGCACAGACAUGCUGAAUGACUCAGACAAUAGAGCAACAAUAAGCCCUUUGCACUUGGCCGCCUAUCACGGUCACCACCAAGCCCUGGAAGUGUUGGUGCAGUCUCUGUUAGAUCUGGACGUGAGAAACAGUAGUGGAAGAACGCCCUUGGACCUCGCAGCAUUUAAGGGACACGUGGAAUGUGUGGAUGUCCUCAUCAAUCAGGGAGCCUCGAUCUUAGUGAAAGACUACAUUCUGAAGCGAACACCUAUCCAUGCGGCCGCAACAAAUGGUCAUUCGGAAUGCUUACGGCUACUGAUAGGAAAUGCAGAACCACAGAACGCAGUAGACAUUCAAGAUGGGAACGGACAGACCCCGCUGAUGCUGUCUGUUCUCAACGGGCACACGGACUGCGUCUACUCACUGCUGAACAAAGGAGCCAGUGUGGAUGCCAAAGACAAAUGGGGAAGGACGGCCCUGCACAGAGGGGCAGUCACCGGCCACGAGGAGUGCGUGGAUGCGUUACUUCAGCAUGGUGCUAAGUGCUUGUUCCGAGACAGCAGGGGCCGGACACCCAUACACUUGUCAGCUGCCUGCGGGCACAUCGGAGUGCUCGGGGCCCUGCUGCAGGCGGCGGCCAGCGCGGAGGCGAGCCCAGCCCUGGCUGACAGUCAUGGCUACACGGCGCUGCACUGGGCCUGCUACAAUGGUCACGAGACGUGUGUAGAGCUCCUCUUAGAGCAGGAAGUUUUCCAGAAGAUGGAAGGAAAUGCUUUCAGCCCGCUGCACUGCGCUGUGAUCAACGACAGCGAAGGCGCCGCUGAGAUGCUCAUCGACUCGCUGGGCGCCGGCAUCGUAAAUGCCCCGGACGCCAAGGGGAGAACCCCGCUGCACGCGGCCGCCUUCACAGACCACGUGGAGUGCCUGCAGCUGCUGCUCAGCCACAACGCUCAGGUCAACGCCGUGGACUCCUCGGGGAAGACCCCGCUCAUGAUGGCUGCGGAGAACGGGCAGACGAACACAGUCGAGAUGCUGGUGAGCAGUGCUAGUGCAGACCUGACUCUGCAAGACAGCAGUAAAAACACCGCGCUCCAUCUGGCUUGCGGCAAGGGUCAUGAAACUAGUGCCUUGUUAAUACUGGAAAAGAUAACAGACAGAAACCUCAUCAAUGCAACCAAUGCAGCUUUGCAAACGCCUCUGCAUGUUGCUGCCCGGAACGGGCUAACAAUGGUGGUUCAAGAACUUUUGGGGAAAGGAGCAAGCGUGCUUGCUGUAGAUGAAAACGGCUACACCCCAGCUCUGGCCUGUGCUCCCAACAAGGACGUGGCCGACUGCCUGGCCCUCAUUUUGGCCACCAUGAUGCCUGUCUCAUCCAGCAGCCCCUUGUCAUCGCUGACAUUCAACGCUAUUAACCGUUACAGCAACACCUCAAAGACGGUCAGCUUCGAGGCCUUGCCCAUCAUGAGGAGCGACCCCAGCUCCUACUGCAGUUUCAACAACGUGGGCGGGGAGCAGGAGUACCUGUACACAGACGCGGAUGAGCUCAACGACUCUGACUCCGAGACCUACUGAGAGGCCGAGCCAGGGGCCCAGGGUGCUGGCGCUGUGCUUUUUCUGGAAAAAAGCACCUUCUUAUGCACGCACAGAUUCAACCUGAGAGAUCGUGGAGUAAGCGAAUGUAAGAAACGUGAUGACAUUAGGAAGAAGAGUUUUAAAGGCAAGUUUUGCAAAACGAACUUCUGGAAUCUUGAAAUCGACUUGACCAAGGACACCCCGCCGUCGAGAUGCUCGGUGGAAUUGUGCAAUUCGGUCUUGCAGUGCCAGGAGUGAUCUGGGACGCUGUGCACCCUAGUCUGCUUACACAAGCAACACUAUGGUAAAAGAGGAGAUCAGGACACUAGAUUUAACCUUUACCAGACCAGUAAAAUGACAAUUAAACUUAAGGGCAAUAAAAGUUUGGUACAGUAGGCAUUACUGCACAGCAAGUUGCCAAAGGACCAAAUAACUUGAAGGUUUUUAAUAGAACGCCACUUGCGGAAGCAGAGCGGGUGAAAUGAGACAUUAUCUAAACCAAACUUUAAUAUUUCUGAAAAUGAAGCUGAGAUUUGGUUUUAAAUGUUGAUUUUUUUUGUAAGAAAACAUCUGAAAGCCUUCUAAUACUGUAUUAAACCAUGAGAGAAAGCAGAUGUAUUUUUACAUUUUUUCUUUUACAUAAAAAUUUUAAAAUUCCAACUUUUAUAAUACUAGAAUUGAAAACCAGCUGACUGGGUGCAGUCAGGGUGGAAAUAUUUGUGACGUAGACACAAGACAGGUUGGGGUCGGGCUCCUGCUGCCCAGUCGUGAGUGGUUUAGGUUUUAAAUUGAACUAUUUUUGUUUGAAAAUGUAAAGGGUUUCCUAGAAGAAAACCUCAUGAAAUCAAAAAGUAGAUUAUUUUCACCCUGUUGCAGCUGAGUGGUCCCGGGGAGUGCAGUUUCAGCCUCACUGCUCUGGAUGGUACGCCUGUGUCUCUGACAUCACCCUGUGCCUCCACAGCGGCUUGGGGGGUUUCUGUUUUCGGUGGUUGGUGAAGAACCAAAAAGAAAACUCCCUUGUUAUCCGUAAGGUAACAUCAUCGGGUGUCUUGGAAGGCACGUCCUUAUUGGGCACGGUUUACAGUGCUGAAGCGUUCAGGUCUUCUUGACACUGGAAGCAGCAUGUGUGUGACGGGCUGCGGGUGGGGAGAGAAGCAGCUGUCUGCUGAGCUGGGAGGCCGCCUUUCAGAGAACGAAAAGGGGGAAGGGCUGACGUUCAGGCUUUUAAAUACCAGUCUCCUGGGUCUGCCUUUACUGUAACUGUCACUUUCCCGUGAAAGCGAUCUCACAUACGUGGGAAGGAGUCUUGCAGGUCUGGGUGAAGUUCCAUGAAUUUUCACAAAAUGAUACCCGAUUUCAUUUUAUUCUUUUUGUAUUGUGAAACUGGAAAACUCUAUGACACUGUAAGUUACCAGCUGGUUUUUCUGAAUAUAAAGUGUGAAGACACAGAACAGUAUUUUGACUAUUUGGUAAUUUGUGGGUUUUGAAGAUUUAUGAGCAUGUAAAUAGAAGUAGUGACUGCCUGAACACUGUGUUGACUUGCACUCCUUCAGUACAGCAAGAUCCCUGUAUAUUUUAGAGCAUAAUAAAACACAGACGUGAGCUGUAUCUAAUGAACAGUGUAUUUGUAUCUGUGCAUAGUACCUAAAAAGUCUAUGAAAUUUCUAGGGCAUUGAC